AUGGUGGAACGAGACCACCAUGACGGAUCCAGCGUUGCGGUGCCAACGCAAGCUUCGCACGACGAUUCGCACUCGGCCGCCAGAGUCUCAGACCAUGAUGCAAGAGAAGCCCCACCACCGAGCCCCUCUAUGAGACCUACAGAGGACAACGCAAGAGACGAUGCAGUCCGGGCGAACUAUGCCGCCCAUGCGAACCAGCAGCGGUAUCAUCCAGCGAACAAUCCGCAGAAUCGGGGUUAUGAUCAAGCAGGAUUUCCCCUGACGAGCCAGCCCUCAGGCCUGGCACAAUCUUCACCCAAUUCUCCCAGACUCCAGCCUACACAUCCGUCAAUGAGAUCACUGGCAGACUCAGCUGCUACCUCUCCCAGCAGGAUACGAGUGCGCGAUUUAAACCACAUACAGAGUUUUGCCAGCGAAGAAUACCUUGCACGGCCUCGGCUACAUCAGAGGACAGGGAGCAAUAUAUCGGACUCCGGACGACAGUACGAGAUAAGCUCUAUGCCGGUCACCGACAUCAUCGAAAUGGUGGCAGGCCUUCUGACGAAGAUAACGCACACCAAUGACCGCAACCACGACCACAUCAACCGACCCAUACCUCUUCCAGAAGAUCAGGCCAACAUGAGCCCACAAAUGACCAGUGUUCUGGCCUUCCAUGGCAAAAAUGUACCAAGCAUAACGAUUUUGAGCUACCUGAGCCGGAUACAUAAGUACUGUCCGACAACGUACGAGGUCUUCCUCAGUCUGUUGGUGUAUUUCGACCGGAUGACCGAGGUUGUCAAUAAGAACCUGCUCAUGCAGUCGCAAUCACAGCGACGGGACCCUAACGCUUCGGAAGCAUCUCUACCGAGCAUGACGACCGGCGAGUCCACGCUGUCACUCGAAGGCCAUGAUCCAGCUCCGACGCCACCACAGUCCGGAUCGCCUAACCCGCACGAACCUUCCACGCCCACAGAGGCACCUCCAUCCCCACCGAUGGAGGCCACCUUGGCAGAAGCCGGCAAUUUCUUCGUUGUAGACAGCUUCAAUAUUCACAGGCUGGUCAUUGCCGGAGUCACUUGCGCCAGCAAGUUCUUCAGCGACGUUUUCUACACCAACUCAAGAUAUGCUAAGGCAAGUGCAACACGAAGCAGAGUAAUUCCUACUGACAUAUCGCAGGUCGGGGGUCUGCCCCUAGUCGAGCUCAACCAUCUCGAACUGCAAUUUUUGAUACUCAACAAUUUUCGUCUGAGCGUGCCCGUGGAGGAAUUGGAAGCAUACGGCACAAUGUUAGUCGAGUUUUACGCCCGCGAACAUGUGGCACAGCAACAAGCCGCGGAUCGAGCGCACUCGGCCCACAAUCUGUCUGGCACGGACUCGGGGGUGUAUAUGCGAGACAAUCGAUCGACGAUUCGGGCGACCCCAGCAUAG